GCCAUGAUCGCACUCAGACUGCUUAAUUUCUUCUUCAUCACCUCGACACUCGAGGAUGAAUACGAAGAAGACAAGCGGAAGAAAACUUACGACGUCUCUCUUUACAAGCGUGGCGACCUUUUGGAGGUAUCCAGGACUCUUUUUAAACAUUUUGGAAUCUACUUAGGCGAGGGUCGCGUUGCUCAUUUCAUCCCAGACAUCUUGCCAGUGUUCACUAACGAGAAGUCCAUGGUCGAGCAGAUGGUGACCAACAAAAGACUGAUUUUGGGUGUUCUGACCAAAGCAGCCAGUGUCCGUGUGGACUCUUUGGCAGAUUUUGCAUACGGUGAUCAGAUCCAGGUCAAUAAGAUGGACAGCGUGGUCAGCGUGGAGCCACUGAAUGGAGAGGAAGUGGCACGACGGGCAGAGAAGCUGAUUGGAUCCUUCUCCUACAGCUUACUGUGGCACAACUGUGAACACUACGUGAUGUACUGCCGCUAUGGUGUUGCAUUUAGCUUCCAAACCUUUCAGUUCUGUAAAACUUUAAGGACAACUCUCUUGAGCAGAAAGAUGGCCUUCCUGUCAGCUGUAAUCGGGGUCUUCAUCAUGCUGUAUCUAGGCGCUUUGACACUUCUCACCACCCUCCCCAUUGUCGUCAUUCCCUUUACCAUCUGGAUGGCAUCUUGAAGACACUCCGGGUGGAAUUUGUCCUUUAAUGUUGAUCCACAAACAAGCAUCAACAACUGCUGACAGACUGUCCUUCACUACAUAGGCUACAAAAUAUCUUGGUUUAUCUGUGUCUAAAAUAUGUGUCU